UCCAGGAGCGGGAAGGCUUUUUUCGACAGGAGGAAUAAUGCUAAUUUAGGCACCUUUCCUGAUGAUUUGUUCGACGUCUGUCAUUCUCCGACAUCGCAAAGCAAACGAACUGCCGACAAGAGGCCACGCAUUGUCAAGGAGAUUUCGCUUGAUGAGGAGCUGCUCUCGAACGAGACCAGUGACCUAAAAAGACAUAUGGAUAGCCAAAGAACACAGUGGCUUAAUCGUCAUGUACGCAGGACAGUACAGACAACAAUGAGCGAUGCGAGCCUACCGACUGCUUCAUCAGCAAUCGUCGAACAAAAAAUUGCUGCGAGUUUUCGAAGAUCUGCCACUAAGAGCCCACUAUGGAAGGAGCCAUGUGGAGGUUGCGGUAGAUUAAUGGCAUAUAAUCCUGGAGGGCCCUUCUGCAACAAUCCCCACAAUAAACACGUUAGUCAUCCCCAUUGCAAAACAGCCAUGCAUAUGUUUUGUCGAUUAUGCAGCGGAGAUCGCGUGGAAACAGCAAUGCCAGAACUCAGCCCGGAACACCAGGAGCUCUUCGAACGCGAAUUUAUGCGAGGAUUACCUGGAAUGAAUGAACCGGACCACUUUCCAGGUAUGGAGUCCUUGUUUAAAGCAUUGUCGACAGUAUCCCAUGCACAACUAGCGGCAUGCUUGAUGGAGCGAAUUCGACACGAAGUUUCUACUGAUUCAAUGAUGAAUGUAGCAGCUGAAACAGCUCGGGCUGGCUCGGGCGCUAGUCAGGUGGCAGCUGCUCGAACAUUGGCAGACGUCGCAAAUGCCGUGGCCCGAACAGUUUCGUCAACAGCUGCCGCCGUCACCUAUGCUUCGACGCCGGUACCGCCCGUUUCCAGCUCCACGUCGAAAAAUAUUGUGUCUAUACUCACUCACGCUAUCGUAAUUCUGGAACUCGCUGAGCCCCGAUCUCCAGUCGCCCAGGAUCGUGACGAGCUGCCCGUAUUUGAGGAGAGUGUUUCCGACAAGGGGACAGCGAUUCCGGCAUAUGGAAUGGCGACAAGUUAUGCCAUGAUCUCCAUACUGUUCAAAACGUAUCUUGAAGUUCUUCCGGCGAAAAAUAUAAUACUUCCUAGCCAGGUGUCGGAUGCGUACAUACACAUCUUGUCCAGGUGGGUCCACGGACAUAGCCUACCUAAGCGGCCGAUGUACGUAACAAGUUCAAGGGGCUUAAUACACUCCUGCGAAGUGUGUGCCAUGAGGCCCAAUAAGCCUACAAUUCCACAUCCUGAGAGCGAUCUUGCAGGAAAGGUUCUACACCACAGGGCUCGCAAGACUCAUCGGGCCUUGGCCGGAGGAUUGAAGGAAGUCGAUGAUAUUAACGAAUCUGUUCGGAUUGGACUGUUGGCUUUAUUGAAGAUGUGCUUAGCCGAUCACCGUCGCCGAUUACAGGUAAACACCGGAAGUGCGCAGCGCUGUAUGCAGUCACGUUACGUAGGAAUGUACCUAAACGGUGAUGACGACUAUGAUGAUGUUAUACUAGCAGAAGAGUACGGGAAAAAGUUUAACGGCGACGGAGGACAUAAAGACUCCAAUGGCCGAAAAAGCGAUGAGCAAAACAAGGGACGACUUAUAGAAGCCAGUAGAGUUGACGUCGAAAAAUCAAGGCCAGAAGAACAGCCGAAACAAUUGAAGAUUGAGAAUGGUAAAAUAGAAGAGCCUGGCAAAUAAUACUUCUACUGGAAUAGAGAAGUCGGAGUGAAAAAAAACCCGUUUUACGAAGAAUAAGGUGUUCAAACUCAAAGCAGUAUUUUUGUAUAUCGUAGGCUGCAAAGUUUCGUACUGUAAUCUUUGAAGACAUUCCCAAUAGUGCGCUGUAGACACUUAUCCAAUGGAUAAUACCCGACACUUUGUAAAUGCGCCUUAACUUAACCCAGUUGGCAUACUGUACUAGUUGUCGUAUUGCUAUUUCAAAUAGAAAAGUAAUCGACAGAUAAUUCCAGUAUGGAGCAAAUCCAAGAAGUGAGUCAUCAACAACCGUUGAUCGUCUGUACGGCUUUGUACAGCAGUCGAGUGAUAUGUGACAUUCAUGAGAUUGCAAGCAACUCUGGCUUUACGCUGCUACCCAUUAAGCAACUUUAUGUAGCGCUGUGUAGAGCUUCCAGGGAAACAGCAAGGACCUAGAACAAUUUUAAAUUAACUCAAGCUCCUAAAUUCAAUAAACUUUACAACAUUUUCGAAAGUUGUUCCCUGUUAAAAAAAAGGUUAAGCAAAAUCUAGUUAGAAUUUCAACACUGCUUUUUAGGUAGGUUUUUGCUGAUUGUCU